CCGGCGCCACAGCUGAUGCAUCCAUUCAUUCACUGACUCUCCAGCGAGGAGGAGCCAUAAAGAUACUCUACACAAUGUCCAGACGCAGUGGUCGCAUUACUUUGCAAGCCAGAUAUUCAAACGCACUCGUGCCGACCGUCAAAGCCCCCCUGAAGAAAAGGAAAUCAGAGCCCUCAAAGAAAAAACUACAACCUGCUGCCAAAAAACAGAGCUAUGAAAUCCAGAAGUGUUGGUCUGAGGACGGAGCGAGUCCCUGCCUCCUCAUCGAGACGCCGCACAAAGAGCUGGAGCCCGCUGACCCGUCCAGCUUCAAGCAGUACCGCUUCAAGAACCUCUUCAUCAAGGCCUCCCCCAUCCCCCGCCUCAGCUGGGCCAGCUCGGACGACGUUUGGAUCAAAAUGCUCAACAAGGAGCUGAAGUACGUCCACGACAAAAGUUACCUGCAGAGACAUCCCAAGCUGCAGCCCAAGAUGAGAGCCAUCCUGCUGGACUGGCUGCUGGAGGUGUGUGAGGUGCACUCGCUCCACCGGCAGACGGCCUACCUGGCUCAGGAUUUCUUUGACCGCUUCAUGCUGACUCAGGAGAACGUGAACAAAGACUACCUGCAGCUCAUCGGCAUCUCCGCGCUCUUCAUCGCCUCCAAGAUCGAGGAAAUCUACCCUCCUAAAAUCUUGGACUUCGCCUACGUCACGGACGGAGCGUGUACCUUUUGGGACAUCCAGCGCACUGAGCUGCACAUACUGAAGGCGUUGAACUGGAACUUGUGUCCGGAGACUCCGAUCUCGUGGCUGAAGCUCUACGCUCAGGUGGAGGCGCAGACGGACGGAGAAAACUUCCUGGUGCCGCAGUUCUCUCAGGAAACGUACAUCCAGAUCACACAGCUGUUGGACCUGUGCAUCUUGGACAUCAACUCUCUGGACUACAGCUACUGCGUUCUCGCUGCCGCCGCAUUCUGCCACUUCUCCUCGUUCGACGUCGUUCAUAAAGUCUCAGGCCUGACGUGGGACUCCGUGGCUCCCUGUGUGCGAUGGAUGAGUCGCUUCAUGGACACGCUGCGGACUCAAACCAAACCUCAACUCAAGAACUUCCCCAAAGUGAAAUCUGACGCACGGCACAACAUCCAGACACACGUGGCCUACCUGGACCUGCUGAGGAAAUCUCUGGACCGCCCCGACAGCCCCGACUUUCAGCUGUCGCCCGUCGCCGUGGGAACGGUGUUGACUCCUCCCAGCAGCACAGAGAAGCCGGCCAAUCACUGAGCAGCGCAGAGGAACUGGCCAAUCAGUGAACAGCACGCGACCAAGAGGACGCGCCCCUCCGUACAGUGUUCGACUCGUCAGUGAGACGGGAUUUUAAGAGACUCCAUGUAGCACGGUUUCAUUAUUUUAAACACUAAAUCUGGAUCUGUGAUUCCUGUCCGCCUGCUUUUUAAAUAAUUAGUUUUUAAACCGGAAUUAUUGGGCAACUUUGAAUUGACAGGUUAAUUAAUGUGAAUGUUUGCCUUCACCUGUUCCCGCCGUGGACAAGUGGAACGCUGUGCUUUGUUUUAAAUCCAACGUCAUGUUGGAGGAAGUGGAAACGUCGGGUAUUUAUCUGGUGCUUUUUCCUAAAUGGGGAAACUUGAAUAUGAGGAAUCGUCUACAUUUCAUUCUGCUCUGAACUAGAGGUUAAAAUAUUUAAACCCCCCCCCCCCCCCCGUUAGGAGUGAACUGCAUUGUGAGCCAUGAGAUCAACCAGACACUUUAUCUGCUGUUUGACACCGGGCGCUCAAUCAUCCCUUUUCUUAAUCUUUAUUAAACCUGGUUGCACACUUGUUACAUUCCUGGGAAACUUGACUCAAUAAGAGAACGGCUUGCGAUGCUGCAGCGUUUCUGCUUUUCAUUUUAUUUUUUUUAAAGUGCUUGUAUUUAUUGAUAAGCCUUAGUCUGUAAAAACAAGAUGUCUGUGUAUAUGUACAAAUAAUAACGGAGUCCUUCAGUGAUGACGGAGCUGCCGCCAGAAGGCAACAUGUAUUUAUGGCUCUGCUGACGCCUGUCCUCAGUGCCUUUGGAUGAAGCUGUGCGUGUAACCUGGAGCAGACACCUGGAGAUGUGAAUGUUUGUGUAAAUAGUGCAAUUCAGAAAUGUGUGGUUUUCUUUUAUAUGGGAACGUUUGAAAUAAAUGACGUGAAAUGAG